AUGGAAAGGCUCACCGCUUCAACUAUCUGGCCCUUUGUGACUGUUUGUGUUCUGUGCUGGAUUCUGUUUACCUUGAUACGGCCAUUCGUGUCUCCUUUGAGGCACGUCCCGGGGCCGCUUCUUGCAAGAUACACAAAGCUAUGGCUUUUCAAGGAAACUUAUCGCGGUACCUUUCCUAAGACGAAUGCGGAGCUUCACAAGAAACACGGCCCCGUUGUUCGGAUCGCGCCGAAUGAAUACAGCAUUGAUGACCCAGCCGCAGUAAAGCUCAUCUACGGGAGUAGUAAGGGCUUCGUCAAGAUGCUGCAGGUUGGUGAGCGAUUCGGGUUUCUCGACUCUGGUGACGAUGUCCAAGGGGUCAUGGCAUCACUCUCUGACUACCUUGACUACUGUGCCAGAGUCGGCAUAUUCUCAGAGUGGCACAAGACGCUUUACAAUCGCCUGAAGCAGUCCAAGAAACUCACAGGAGUCUUAAACGUUCGGAAGUUUGCAGUAACUCAACUUCAGGCAAAGUACGGCAAACUCGAGUCCGACGAAGAGAAAGCAGAUCCAACGAAGCCGACCGAUUUCAUAACCAAGUUCCUCCGGAUUCACAACCAGGAGCCGAGCAAGAUUACCAAAGAUGACAUAUCUACCGUCUGUGUCAUGAAUGUCGGUGCUGGCUCAGAUACAACCUCGAUUGCUUUCACUGCUGCACUGUUCUAUCUGGUCAAAUAUCCAAGUGUCCUUGGGCGGCUACUCGAGGAAAUCAAGGUCUUUGAGGCCCGGGGAUUGAUAUCUGAUCCCAUCUCUUUUUCUGAAGCCCAGAAGAUGCCUUAUGCGCAAGCCGUCAUCAAAGAAGCCCUGAGAAUGCACCCCGCAACUGGACUGAUUCUUGGACGGGUUGUGCCACCGGCUGGCGCGACCUUGGCAGGACAGUACUUUCCUCCAGGAACUAUCGUGGGUAUCAACUCGUGGGUGGCUCAUGCCAACCCAGACGUCUUCGGCCCAGACGUGGACAUAUUCCGUCCGGAAAGAUGGCUGGAAGAAGAAGAAGUAGUCAAGAAGCGCGAUGUAUACUUUAUGGCAUUUGGUCAAGGUUCACGGACUUGCAUCGGAAAGAACAUCAGUAUCAUGGAGCUUUCAAAGGUGCUUCCGCAAGUCAUCCGUCACUUUAACUUUGUUCCAGACACGUCAUCUGGCAAGCCAGAAUGCAAGACGGAAAACGUGUGGUUUGUGAAGAUCAGGGGCUUUUAUUGCAAGGUCCGUAAGAGAGCUGCGGUUUAG